UCGAAGGGAAAGUUGGAAACGCAAGCGCGCCGCUAGACAACGAAAACACCGAACAGAGUGGGAUAGGCUGAGCACAAUAAACAAGAAGAACUGAAAACGAAAUAGCAAAAAAAAACUGUACAUUUCGAAUAGAGUCGGUGGGGAAACAGCAUUUGUAGAGUUUCAGCUGCGCUGCCAACAAUGGACAUGGUAUCAUCAGAGAUGGAGACAGACCUGACCGGCCUGCACUUGGGGUGCCUGAUGUGCGAGAAAUGUUUUGUCGGCAUAGAUUCGCUGCAGGCGCAUCACCUGUCACACUUUCCUUCGGUCACCCAACCGAUCCCCAAGGGUCACAGCUGUGAUCUGUGUGGGCGCGCACUGCACUCGCUGCAGGAGCUGAAGAGUCACUACAAACAAUAUCACGAGGCCCUUGUCAGCACGGAAUCGAAAACGGGAGAGUUUUUCGAGUGCAAUCGUUGCGCAAAAUACUUUGUCUUACGGGAGUACCUAAUGCUCCACAUGAAGCUAAAGCAUUCCGAGUGGGAGAUCAGAAAACCAAGUGAUUCGAAUCAUGUUCCACGGAAUCCCCAGCAUCAACCCUUCGCUUUCUUCAACGGGCACGAUGAAUGAUGGAUCUUUCUGCGCCCAGAAACCAACAAUUUUUUUGUAUCCUGGACUCUGUGCAUAUGUAGAUCUAUAUUUUAUUAAGAACAUUCUCAUUAUUGUUAAUGUGGAAUAUUUUUGUGAAUUUUUUAAAAAAUCGCUGAACAUUUUCUGCUCUGGAAGCUGAAAUAGUGAACAACCUGAAUUAACCACAGAUGCUAUAAGGCCUGCAUUACCUGC